CCGCCACCACCACCACUUGUUUUAUAUCUCAUCUUCAUCCAUUUCUCUUAUACUUCUCUUUCUAUCAUUCAGACAUGUAUUCAUCACAGCCAAACACUUACGAGAAGUACUCCGAUGGGCAGCCUGUGUCCUCCGAUUCCGCCGCCACGGGCGUUCCAUAUGAUCCCUCCCUUUCCCAGCCAAGUGCGUUUAGUAUUGAUAAGCCUAAACCUCGAGUCCCUUGGACCACCGGCCUCUUCGACUGCUUCUCCGACAUGAAAACUUGUUGCAUAACAUGCUGGUGCCCCUGCAUUACUUUUGGCCAAAUCGCGGAGAUCGUGGAUAAAGGAGGAUCAUCUUGUGGUGCUAGUGGAGCGUUGUACACACUUAUUGCCUGUGUGAUUGGUUGUCCAUGCUUCUACUCUUGUUUCUAUCGCUCCAAAAUGAGGCAGCAGUAUAUGCUGGAGGAGAGCUUCUGUGGGGAUUGUAUGAUUCACUGCCUCUGUGAGGGAUGUGCCUUGUGCCAAGAGCAUCGUGAGCUCCAAAACCGCGGCUACGACAUGAGCAUUGGCUGGCAUGGAAACGUGGAGCGACGUAAUAAGGAGGCCAUGAUGGGCCGUCCUGUGGUGGAAGGGAGCAUGAGCCGAUAGAGUGCAAAUCUGCUGUUGACCUGAAAUGGCAAGUAUGAGAGCCUUGGGAUUAAGAUUAUUGUGCGAGAGUUAUUAUAUAUGCUUGUAAUAUUUAGAGAUUCCGAAGAAGAAUCUAUAGUCCAUGUUUUUCAUGAUCUACAAUAAUUAUGUUGUAUGCAAGAAUAGUCUGUGUUUAUAUAUUUUCCCCCACCAAAAAAAAAAGUUUGUGCUUUUAUAAAUAUAUACUUUGUAAUAAACAAUAAUUACUGUCAAUGAAAUUAAAAAAAAAAUGUAAUUAUA